UGGUAGCAUAAUUUGUCACACGUAUAUUUCUUCUUCUUCUUCUUCUCUUGCAGAAAGCACAGCUCCCUCUCACACACUCACACACUUCUUGUUAAUUCAGAAGAACAAAUGAUCAACGUCAAACAAAUACCCUGAAAUAGUGACUUUGUGAGUUGGAAUCAAUGGUUAUUUGGAGACACAUCGGAACAAAGAGUUUAAAGGAAAGGGAUAUUCUUUAAAAAAACUGAAGAACAAAGGAAUAUUGGGGAAAUAUUUGGAUCCUGAACCGUACUUUCUUUCUCUUUUUUUGGCGUGAAGAGCAGAAGUCAGGUGGCGUUCACAGUCAGGAAGUCAUGUCCAGAUCGGGUGAUAGAACAUCCACCUUUGACCCAACGCACAGUGACACCUUGCUGCAUGGGCUCAACCUCCUGUGGAGAAAGCAGCUUUUCUGUGAUGUGACUCUAACUGCCCAGGGACAGCAGUUUCACUGCCACAAAGCUGUGCUGGCAUCCUGCUCACAGUAUUUCAGAUCCCUCUUCUCCUCCCAUAAUGUGAUUAGCAAUGAGGGAAGCAAGGGGGAUCAGGGCAGCAGUGGGACCCCCUCUUCCUCCCCAGAUGACAAGCUGGUGACCACCAGUGCCAGGCCCAUCAACAAUCUGGUCCUACAGGGCUGCUCCUCCAUCGGACUACGGCUAGUGCUGGAGUACCUCUACACUGCCAAUGUUACUCUUUCCCUGGACACGGUGGAAGAGGUGCUUUCAGUCAGCAAGAUCCUCAACAUCCCCCAGAUAACCAAGCUAAGUGUGCAGUUCCUCAAUGAUCAGAUCUCUGUGCAGAACUACAAGCAAAUCUGCAAGAUUGCUGCACUGCACGGGCUUGAUGAGACCAAGAAGCUGGCCAACAAGUACCUGGUGGAGGAUGUACUGCUGCUGAACUUUGAGGAGAUGUGCGCCAUGCUGGAUGCUCUGCCUCCGCCAGUGGAGUCAGAGCUGGCUCUCUUCCAGAUGUCUGUCCUCUGGCUGGAGCAUGACCGGGAGACGCGCAUGCACUACGCUCCGGACCUCAUGAAGAGGCUGCGCUUUGCCCUCAUACCCGCCCCAGAGCUCGUGGAGAGGGUGCAAUCUGUGGACUUCAUGAGGAGUGACCCUGUGUGCCAGAAACUGCUGCUGGAUGCCAUGAACUACCACCUGAUGCCAUUCAGACAGCACUGCAGGCAGACCGUGGCAAGCAGAAUCCGUUCCAAUAAGCGAAUGCUGCUCCUGGUGGGUGGUUUGCCUCCUGGACCCGAUCGUCUCCCCAGUAAUUUGGUCCAGUACUAUGACGACGAGAAAAAGACAUGGAAGAUCCUCACAAUAAUGCCUUACAACAGCGCUCAUCACUGCGUGGUAGAGGUGGAGAACUUCCUGCUGCUGCUGGGUGGAGAGGACCAGUGGAAUCCAAACGGGAAGCACAGUACAAAUUUCGUCAGCCGCUAUGAUCCCAGAUUCAACAGCUGGAUUCAGCUGCCUCCCAUGCAGGAAAGGAGAGCCAGUUUCUUUGCCUGCCGCCUGGAUAAGCACCUGUAUGUAAUUGGAGGUCGGAAUGAGACGGGCUACCUCUCCAGCGUGGAGUCCUACAACAUGGAGACCAACGAGUGGAAUUACGUGUCUUCUCUGCCACAGCCUUUAGCUGCUCAUGCAGGAGCAGUGCAUAAUGGCAAGAUCUACAUAUCAGGUGGAGUGCAUAAUGGUGAAUAUGUGUCCUGGCUCUACUGCUAUGACCCAGUAAUGGAUGUUUGGGCUAGAAAACAAGACAUGAACACAAAGCGUGCCAUUCACGUCCUGGCUGGGAUGAACGAUCGUCUGUACGCCAUCGGUGGAAACCAUUUGAAAGGUUUCUCCCAUCUAGAUGUUAUGUUGGUUGAGUGUUACGACCCAAAAGCUGACCAGUGGAACAUCCUCCAGACACCGAUACUCGAGGGCCGCAGCGGUCCGGGCUGCGCCGUUUUGGAUGAUAGCAUCUUCCUCGUGGGUGGCUACAGCUGGAGCAUGGGUGCCUACAAGUCUUCAACCAUCUGCUACAGCCCGGAGAAGGGAACAUGGACGGAGCUUGAGGGAGAGGUGGCGGAGCCUUUGGCAGGCCCAGCCUGCUCCACAGUCAUCCUCCCCGCCUGCCUUCCUUUCAACAAAUGACAACUAAUCCAGCCGAUGGGCGGUGAGGGGGACGAGCAGCAGCAGGGCGACUGGGGGAAGGACCACCAAUAAACAAAACAUUUGUCGAGAAUUUUGUGACAAAAGCCUUCCAGCUUUAGCCCAGUUCUGGUGUAAAAGUUAUUUUUUUACAGGUUUGACAAGAGCACUUUCAUUAUUCUCUACUGAUGGAUUGAGAGGGGGGGGAGGAUGAGGUAACUCAUGUAUCUAAAUGAAUCAUCUGUUCUGAGAAAUAGUCUGUUCCGCACUUAAUUUUAUUUAUUUAAACAGUUUGAAAGUGUUUUUGGCUUCUCUUCCAUCGCACGCAUAGUGUCGAACUGAAUUAUAGCGUUUCAGGUCCAUUGUACCUUGUACACAGUAGAGGCAUCAUCACCAGAUUACGUUUUAAGGAGGCUCGGUGAAUUAAAAGUGUAUAAAUAUUCAAAGGUUAUGUUUGUACUCAUUGCUCUCUGUCCGGAAUGUUCACUUACGUAACAAAUACGUUGUCUCUUUAGGAAAAUGUACAUAUUUGAGCAUCUGAAAGGGACACUUCCAGAAAACUGUUGGCAAACAGAAAGAGUGAACUGAAGAGCUGCUCCAAGUUGGUAUUUUAAUUUGUCUUGAUAAUGUACACUUAAACUGAAUAUUUUAUUUUACAAGUUAAUUCUUGCCAGACGUUUGUGGCAACUAGUCUUGAUGACACAACAAAGCUGCUUAAAAAUCACGAUUGAUGACUCAUAUUAUAUUGACACUAAUAUUACUCAAUGUUGGUACAAUCAAUUUGGAAUUGCUAACCAGUAUAAUUUUCUGGGUAAAUAUAUGUGGGAGAUAUUUGGGGUGUUCGUUCUCGAAGUUCACAGAUGCAGGUCUGUUUAUGAGACCACAUGGUUUAAUUGUUUCAUGUAAUUAAAAAGCAAGAGAGCAUACAGUGUUCUUUGAUGCACUUUCAACUCAGCAAAAUUCACUGAUUUGUACAUUAAAUCAAUGUGCCGUGUUUAAGAGAUAUCUUCUGUGCAAAUGAAUCCAGUCUUGUCAACGUUAUUAGGUUGAAUAAAAUUGACUCUAAAUAUUAAUGCCGUUGAAUUCUGUAAUAAAAAAAGUUGUUGAUUUCAUUCUUGUAUAUAAACCGCCUGCAGUGAAACAUUUUUGUGCACUCAACUUUGGAUUUAUUCUCAAAUCCUGUUAUGUA